AUGUUCCCCCUGCAAGGCUCGGAACGUUCUUUGGAGAGCACAGCCUGUUUUGUCAAAAACACUUCGCCAGCCGCGUCUCUGUCAGCGCGGUUCUGUGGGAAUGUGUCGUGUCCCCCCCAGGGCUGGCAGCGAAGCCUUGGGGUGGAGAUUAACUCAAAGGUGUUUGUUUCAGGAUGGUAAGGCAAUGGCCCAUUUACUGGUUCUACUUUACAGUAUAGUAUUUCCAGUGCUAAAAAUACGGCAGCAGUACACAGAAGAGGAAGCCAGGAAAUUGGGAGUGGUUGGCUGGGUGAAAAAUACCAGCCAAGGAACCGUAACGGGCCAGGUUCAGGGCCCAGAAGAUAAAGUAAAUGCAAUGAAGUCCUGGCUCAGUAAAGUUGGAAGCCCAAGUUCUCGCAUAGACCGAACAAACUUUUCCAAUGAAAAGGAGAUUUCCAAGCUUGACUUCUCAGGAUUUAGCACUCGAUACUGACGGGAGAAAACAUCACUAAGCACAAAACUAUGAUGUUUCUGCUGCAUGAUGGGUUGCUGUGCCUCCAUAGACUGUCACAAGAGCAUUUGGAUGCUUUCUGUACUAGAGAUAAAUAUAAAUGGUCCCUGUUCCCAUGAAGUAAGAAUUUUAGUUGCUAUGUUAGACAUUUACAUGAUGAAUGUCAAUCUCUAGUAUCUAAAAUGCCAAUGCCUAAUUUAUUACAUCUGGAAAGCUAUAUAAAUUGUUAGUGAUUAUUUUGCACAAUGAUACAUGUUAUAUAUAACUAUAUGGAACCUCAUCUUUACACUGUGAUUCAUAUUUUACAUACAAAAUAAUAAAUUCAAGUUCUGCUGUUUGUAAUCUCACCAAAAAUACCUAACUACAGAACUGGAGCACUGAGGAAUCUAUCCUAACAGCUCUGUAUUACAGAUCAAGUUAUUUGUGAUAAUUAGUUAAGACAUAGUGAUGACUUAAAAUAAACGUUGCCUCAAACUAA